AGUGACGUAUUCUAGAGCGUUCCGGUCUUUUUCUGCUGCAGGAACCGCGGCUGCUGAGCCAACCUUGUGUGGUGGCUAUUGAACUUUGCCUCUGCCUCGUUUAGAAGACAUCGCGUAUCUUCCUGCCGCAGAACACACUUCCGGUCUUGGCCCGUUCGGGAUGUUGCUGCUGCAGCUGCUGCUGCUACCCCUCUGUUGGGCAGUAGAAGUUAAGAGACCCCGGGGCGUUUCCCUCAGCAACCAUCACUUCUAUGAUGAAUCUAAGCCUUUCACGUGUUUGGACGGCACGGCCACUAUCCCAUUCGAUCAGGUGAACGAUGAUUACUGCGACUGUAAGGACGGUUCAGACGAGCCUGGCACAGCUGCUUGUCCCAAUGGCAGCUUUCACUGCACCAACACUGGGUACAAGCCCUUGUACAUCCUCUCCAGCCGGGUCAACGAUGGGGUAUGUGACUGCUGUGACGGGACAGACGAGUACAACAGUGGCACCGUGUGUGAGAACUCCUGCAGAGAGAAGGGUCGAAAGGAAAAAGAGUCCCUGCAGCAGCUGGCUGAGGUCACCCGAGAAGGGUUCCGCCUAAAGAAGAUGCUCAUUGAGGAGUGGAAGACAGCCCGGGAAGAAAAGCAGAGUAAGCUUCUUGAGCUUCAGUCUGGAAAGAAGUCUCUGGAAGACCAGGUAGAAACACUGCGGACAGCGAAAGAAGAAGCAGAGAGGCCGGAGAAGGAGGCCAAGGACCAGCACCGGAAGCUGUGGGAAGAGCAGCAAGCUGCUGCCAAGGCCCGGCGGGAACAGGAGCUGGCAGCCAGUGCCUUCCAGGAACUGGAUGACAACAUGGAUGGGCUGGUCUCGCUGGCUGAGUUACAGACUCACCCGGAGCUGGACACAGAUGGAGAUGGAGGGCUGUCCGAGGAGGAGGCCCAGGCCCUUCUCAGUGGAGACACACAGACUGAUACUACUUCCUUCUAUGACCGUGUCUGGGCUGCCAUCAGGGACAAGUACCGCUCUGAGGUCCCACCCACUGACAUACCUGUUCCGGAGGUGACUGAGCCCAAAGAGGAAAAGCCGCCAGUGUUGCCACCCACAGAGGAGGAGGAAGAGGAGCCAGAAGAGGAGCCAGAAGAGGAAGAGGAGGAAGAGGAAGAGGAGGAGGUGCAGGGGGAGCAGCCCAAGGAGGCCCCGCCCCCACUGCAGCCCCCACAGCCUCCCAGCCCCACCGAGGAUGAAAAGAUGCCACCCUAUGAUGAGGAGACACAGGCGAUCAUCGAUGCUGCACAGGAGGCCCGGAAUAAGUUUGAGGAAGUUGAACGGUCCUUGAAAGAGAUGGAGGAGUCCAUCAGGAGUUUGGAACAAGAGAUCUCCUUUGAUUUCGGUCCCUCUGGAGAGUUUGCAUACCUCUACAGCCAGUGCUACGAGCUCACCACCAAUGAGUAUGUCUACCGACUUUGCCCCUUCAAACUGGUCUCCCAGAAACCCAAACAUGGGGGCUCCCCGACCAGCCUGGGCACAUGGGGCUCCUGGGCUGGCCCUGAGCAUGACAAGUUCAGUGCGAUGAAGUACGAGCAGGGCACGGGCUGCUGGCAGGGCCCCAACCGCUCCACUACAGUGCGCCUGCUGUGUGGCAAAGAGACUGUGGUGACCAGUACCACAGAGCCCAGUCGCUGCGAGUACCUCAUGGAGCUAAUGACACCAGCAGCUUGCUCAGAGCCACCACCAGAAGCACCCAGUGAUGGAGACCAUGAUGAGCUGUAGCCUGAACCUCAAGGCCUGCAACCAGUCUACUGAUCCUGAGGUCUAUGGACCAAGGCCUGCCCAUCCUGGAGUUCCUGGCCAUCCUCCAGGUAGCAGGAACCCCAAGGGGCUCUAAGCCCCACUUCUGGCCCAGGCUAGCCUGAGGCCCCAGCAGCCUCCAGAGAUGGAUAAUGAGCUCACCUACCUUGGAUUCCUGAGGGGGAAUUAGUCCCUGUACCCACCUGACCCCUGCCUCCCCAGCUGGUGGGUUACUUGACCUGUGACCUCAGAACAAUAAAUGUGACUCGUCUACAUUG